GGAUGAAAGGCACGUUUCCUAUUACUGCCAACCACUAUUUUUAUAGCAUCCAACUCCAAGUACAAAGUACAAUGUAAAGUGGGUGACUUUCUUCUACUAAAGAGUCAGAACUCAGAACCCAGAACUCAGAACUCAGAAGCAUGGAACACAAUCUUAAAUCAGCAACAUCAAGUGAAGAAGGGGAAGGACAACCUAUAAGAUGUAAAGCUGCGGUUGCAAGAAAACCAGGUGAGCCAUUGGUUAUUGAAGAGAUCAUUGUGGCCCCACCAAUGCCUCAUGAAGUUCGGAUUCGUAUUUUGUGUACUUCUCUAUGCCACAGUGAUUUCACUUUUUGGAAGAUGCAGGAAUCUCCUGGCAUUUUCCCAAGAAUUCUGGGUCAUGAGGCAGCUGGGGUUGUGGAAAGUGUAGGGAAGGAUGUAACUGAAGUUAUAGAAGGAGAUGUUGUUAUUCCGAUUUUCCUACCAGAUUGUGGAGAGUGUGUAGAUUGCAAAUCAACCAAGAGCAACCGCUGUACUAAUUUCCCGUUCAAGGUUUCCCCUUGGAUGCCAAGACAUGGGAGCACUAGAUUCACCGACCUAAACGGAGAUAUCAUAUAUCAUUUCAUGUUUGUUUCAAGUUUCAGCGAGUACACCGUGGUUGACAUCGCCAAUGUAACAAAAAUUGAUCCACAAAUCUCUCCUGAUCGGGCAUGUCUUCUCAGUUGCGGUGUUUCAACAGGGGUAGGCGCUGCUUGGAGAACAGCAGGUGUGGAGCCAGGUUCUACAGUUGCUAUUUUUGGGCUGGGAUCUGUUGGAUUAGCAGUAGCAGAGGGCGCUAGAUUUUGUGGAGCAACUAGGAUUAUCGGUGUCGAUGUCAUGCCUGAAAAAUUUGAAAUCGGAAAGAAGUUUGGACUUACAGAUUUUGUCCAUGCUGGAGAAAGUGGGAACAAACCUGUGAGCCAGGUUAUCAUAGAGAUGACUGAUGGCGGAGCUGAUUAUUGCUUUGAAUGUGUUGGUAUGACGUCAUUGGUUCAUGAAGCAUAUGCUUCCUGCAGAAAGGGUUGGGGUAAAACAGUUGUUUUAGGAGUGGACAAGCCAGGAGCAAGGUUAAGUUUCAGUUCUAGUGAGGUUCUUCAUGAUGGGAAGAGCCUCAUGGGAUCCUUGUAUGGAGGACUCAAACCCAAAUCUCAUAUUCCGAUUCUGCUUAAGCAUUACAUGGACAAGGAACUGCAGUUGGAUGAAUUUGUGACUCAUGAAGUGGAGUUUAAGGACAUAAACAGAGCUUUUGAUUUGUUGAGUAAAGGACAGUGUCUUCGAUGUGUGAUUUGGAUGGAAAAAUGAGUGCAUUCAUAUGUCACCAACAGUACUUGCUGUUUUCAUUUUUACAUUCUUAUGUUACAGUCUUUUCCUCAAUGUUGUUCGGGAAAACAUCAACCGCGGUUAUAUUUCGCUAUGUAGAAAAUUGAAUUGUUUCUAUGAAGACCCUUGUCAUAAAUGUAAGGCAAUCUUCAUACUUGAAAAAAAUUUGUUAGCUUAAAAUAA